AUGAAGUUGGAUGCUACGGACCUUCGCUAUGUGACCUCCGAUGAGUUCAGAGUACUCACAGCAGUAGAAAUGGGCUCGAAAAAUCACGAGGUAGUCCCCACACCACUCAUCGUUCAGAUAUCAGGGCUCCGUGGAGGAGGAGUCAACAAAUUAAUCGGAAGUCUUGCCAAAAGAAAUCUCAUAUCCAAAGUACAAAAUUCGAAAUAUGACGGUUACAGGCUGACCUACGGCGGUUAUGACUUCUUGGCGAUGCGUGCCUUGUCCAAGAGAGACUCCAUGUAUUCGGUUGGGAACCAAAUAGGGGUGGGGAAGGAGUCAGAUAUCUAUAUCGUUGCUGACCUGGAGGGGAACGAGAAGGUUUUGAAGAUUCACCGACUAGGGCGCGUUUCAUUUCGGGCCAUCAAGGAGAAGCGAGACUAUAUGGGGAAACGCAAGUCGGCAUCGUGGAUGUACAUGUCACGACUUGCGGCGCAAAAAGAAUGGGCGUUCAUGAAGGUGUUGCACGAACAUGACUUUCCCGUGCCUCAACCCAUCGAUCAAGCCAGACACUGCAUCCUGAUGGAGUUUAUCGACGCCUACCCAUUACGCCAGAUAGACGAAGUGCCAUCACCAGGGAAGCUCUACUCACAGCUUAUGGAUAUUAUCGUGCGCUUUGCCCGAGCGGGACUGAUCCACGGGGACUAUAACGAGUUCAAUAUCCUGAUCCGUCGAGACUCGGGCGAACCGGUCGUUAUCGACUUCCCGCAAAUGGUUAGCACGUCGCACGAGAACGCCGAGUACUUCAAUCGAGAUGUGAAUUGCAUUAGAACGUUUUUUCGGAGGCGGUUCAGAUACGAGAGUGCAAUCUAUCCACGAUUCAGGAGUACUCUCAACGAUGAUGCGAAGAAAGGGUUUCAACUAGACGUCGUGGUAGAAGCUAGUGGGUUCGGGCGUCAAGAAAUGAAGGCCCUUGAACAGGUACAUCUCUGCAGCCAUUCGUCUACGAGUCCCGGGUUGAGUUUUCAUCUCAAUUAUAGUAUAUGGACUCCGUGA